CUAUAUAAGUCGGUUGUAUCCCCUCUCCUUGUAUUCUCCACGGAGACAAAUCUUUCUUCCUUCUCUGAAACACAAAUUCUAAUUGCAAUCUCGGACCCGAAGAAAGGCAAGAAAACAAUUCCUUGGAUCGGAUCAAAAAUGUCGCACUGUUUAGUCCUAAAGCCGGCGUGCAUGGGCUGUGGAUCGCGGUCCGAUCUCUACGGAAGCUCGUGCAGGCACAUGACGUUAUGUCUAAAGUGUGGCAAAACCAUGGCUGAGAACAAAGCCAAGUGUCUCGACUGCGGAACAGUCCUCACCAGAUUAAUUCGGGAGUAUAACGUCCGUGCGGCUACACCCACGGACAAGAACUACUUCAUUGGUAGGUUCGCGUCCGGUCUUCCCAAUUUCAAGAAGGGCUCUGAUGAGAACAAAUGGUCUCUCCGUAAAGACAUACCACAGGGUCGUCAGUUCACAGAUGCACAAAGGGAGAAGUUAAAGAAGAAGCCUUGGAUCUUGGAAGAUGAGACUGGUCAGUUUCAGUACCAGGGGCAACUUGAAGGCUCCCAGUCUGCAACUUACUAUCUCUUAGUGAUGCAGAACAAGGAGUUUGUCGCUAUUCCCGCUGGUUCUUGGUAUAACUUCAACAAGGUUGCUCAGUAUAAGCAACUUACACUGGAAGAAGCGGAGGAGAAGAUGGAUAACCGUAGAAAAACGGCUGAUGGGUAUCAGAGGUGGAUGAUGAAAGGCGGUGAGAAUGACAAAGAGGCGGGUGGAAGCAGUGGCAGGGGUCGUAAGAAGUCAUCAGGCGGCGAGGAAAAAGAAGGUAAUGUCGAAAAAGGGGAGGAAGAUGAAGAGGAAGAGGCGUCGCGGAAGAGUAGACUCGGUCUUAAUCAAAAGAGUAAUGACAAUGAUGACUAUGAAGAAGGUCCAAGGGGUGGUGAUGUUGACAUGGAUGAUGAUGAUGACAUUGAGAAAGGGGAUGAUUGGGAGCAUGAAGAGAUUUUCACUGAUGAUGAUGAGGCUGUUGAUAUUGAUCCCGAGGAACGUGAAGAUCUUCUGGCACCUGAGAUUCCUGCUCCUCCUGAAAUAAAGCAGGAUGAAGAAGAGGAGGGAGGGUUGAGCAAAUCUGGUAAAGAGUUGAAGAAGUUGCUUGGUAAGUCUAAUGGUUUGAAUGACUCUGACGAAGAUGAAGACGACGGUGAUUCAGAUGAGGAGACAAACUUCAGUAUUUCGAAACAGAAGGAUGCGACCAAAGAAGUACAUAUUGAGAGCAGUCCUCCUCCAAAGCAGCCGGCACAACCUUCAUCUUCUGCAAAACCAUCCAAGGGAAAGAGAAAACUGAAUGAUGUCGAUUCUAAAAAGCCUAGCACCAGCAGCAGCUCUGCUCAGAAGAAAGCGAAGGCUGAAAAUGAAGAGAAAAGCAACUCGGUUUCAAGAUCCAACGCAGCAGCCGUGAAAGCUGAAGCAACUCCAGCUUCUGCUACGGGACCUGUGACCGAAGACGAAAUCCGCGCUGUUCUGAUGGAGAAGAAGCAAGUCACUACACAGGACCUUGUCAACGGGUUCAAGCCAAGACUUAAGACCAGAGAGGACAAGAACGCUUUUGCUGAUAUUCUGAAGAAGAUCUCAAAGAUUCAGAAGAAUGCUGGUUCUCAAAGCUUCGUCGUUUUGAGGGGGAUAUGAGAGAGACUUUACUAUCUUCAGAACUAAUUCUAUUUUCUGUUAUCAUAUGAGACCUCAUACCAGUUAAGCAAACUUAAGUAUCUUUUCUGAUUUCUUGGUGUCUAAACGUAAGAAUCAAGUUCAAUGUUUAUUUUUCUGAGCAAGAUAAUAACUAUAUAACAUAUAAAUUCUACUAAUGAUCCUCAGCCCGACAAAACAUAAAUAAAGUGUGUGCCAAAUACGAGACUUAAACCCCAUGGAGACAUGUCAGAUACCAUGUCCUUGCGGCAUAAAACAGUGUCACAGAGCCAACAUAUGUUUCUAACAAGAAGCGUAGCAACCAUGUUUUCAGCAACUCCUGCAGGCAAUUACUCCAAUGUUUCGACAGACUCACACCAAACUGAUAAGGAAAUGGAAAAAACUUUUCCAUGUAAUUCUCUCUACUCACAAUCAUGAGGUUUUCAUGCAUCAACCUAAUUAACCACAAACACAACUAUAAUUGGCCUCAGGUAUGUCACGAAUUCUACAAAAAUAGUCAGAACCUAUUGACGCAAAAUCACUUGGUUUCGCUUCUCUGGUAAACAGUAAACUGAUCGGUUAAGCAAUAUUUUCUUUAUAAAAAUAAUUUCUAAACAAAUAUAUCCUUCAAUUAUACCAAAUUAAUCAAAAUCUUAUAUAAAAAAAUUAAACCGAAGAGUUCGCUCAAUUUUGCUUUCUCUGUUUAAUUUAGAGUACGGCUCAAAUUUGUUUAUGAACUGCUGGUAAAUAAUGUUAAAUUUAUUAAAUAUUUGUAUACUAAUAAAAUAAAGAUCUUACGGAUGAAAUACAACGGAUUAUAAACUUAGUGUAUGUAUUCCACACGAACCAUCCCGAAGAAACUCUUUAUCUAUUUUUCCAACAUUUUAUGGUUUUAGAAACACUACAAAAGGUUACGUACUUUGAAGCAUUGUGUGAUUCUAGCCACAAUAUGAUGAGAUAUUAAACAAAUUCGUGUUAUUUUAGCUAAAUGAUAACAUGUUCAAUUUAAUUUCGCAUGAGUCUAACGAUAUUAAUGUAAAAAAAAAACAGAAUCUAUUUUACAGUCAAUUUCUUAAUUACGAUCACCCACGCACCACAACUUAUUCUUGUUAUUAUAUAUAUAGAUAUACCCAUAAUACAGAAACAAGUUCCUUAAAAUACAAACCUAAAUUACAUAUAUCGCUGACACAAAACACUCAUAUAUCUUUGUGUGUUUAAUCAUGGAAAGGAAAAAUAACAAGACGUCCAAAGCCAGUUCAAAAA